AUGGGAAUGAAUAAGAAGAAAAUAUCCAAAUGGUAUGAUGGCGGUAUUGCUGGCUCGAUUGCAGUCUGUUUCACUCAUCCAUUGGACUUAAUUAAGGUCCAUCUACAAACACAAGAAUCUGUCGCUACUGGAGCAAGCAACAUGGCAAUCUCAAUUGUCAAGACACAAGGCUCGAGAGCUUUGUACAACGGUUUAACGGCAUCCAUUGCUCGUCAAUUAUCCUACACAACAACUCGAUUUGGCGUAUUCGAAGCUUUGAAAAAACGCAUUCAAAAAUCACCCGAUGAACCGAUAAGUUUCACUCAGAAAAUGUUACUUGGAGCCGCUGGAGGUACUAUUGGUGGCAUUGUUGGUAAUCCACCAGAUUUAAUCAACGUUAGAAUGCAAAAUGAUGUUAAACUGCCUGUUGAUCAAAGAAGAAACUACAAAAAUUUCUUCGAUGGUAUGAAAAGAAUCACCGCGGAAGAGGGUGCCCUAACUUUAUUCAAUGGAGUCUCAAUGACAAUUAUGCGUUCAGUUUUGAUGACGGUAGCACAAGCCGCUGUUUAUUAUCAAUCUAAGGAGAAUUUAAUCGGCACUGGCUAUUUUAAGGACAAUCUCAUUACCCACUUUACGGCCAGUUUUAUCUCGGGAACUGUUGCUACUGCAGCCACACAACCUUUUGAUGUCUUAAAGACAAGAUUACAAAACGCUGAACAUGGGCAAUAUAAGAAUUUCUUAGAUUGUGCAGUUAAAACAGCGAAAUUGGGCCCUAAAGCUUUCUAUAAGGGCUAUAUACCAGCUUGGACAAGAAUUGGACCUCAUACCAUUCUGUUAUUUGUCUUUAUUGAACAAAUUCAGAAGAUAAAUUAUUACGUUUAUACUAAAAGCUAA